AUGAAUCCUGAAGACAGACUAGCGGAAGUGAAUAUUGUCACGAGCGAAGACCUUGCAGAAAUAUGGACAUGGAACAGCGCCGUGCCGCUGACAGUUGAGCGAUGCGUUCACGAGAUAUUUGAAGAGCGCGCGAACUUCCAGCCUCAUGCGCCCGCCUUGGCGUGGAAGCUCGCCGAGCUGGGUGUCGGGCCACAUGAAGAAACGAUAGUGCCCUUGUGCUUCGACAAGUCGAUGUGGACAACAGUUGCAGUGCUCGCAGUGCUCAAGGCCGGAGGAGCGUUUCUGUUGCUUGACCCAUCCCUUCCUGAAUACCGCCUUCAACUUAUGGUUCAACGCGUCAAGGGAAAGUUGGUUCUAUCCUCUGUCUCUGCCCAGUCUCUCAGCUCUCGGCUCGCCAAAGAGGUUGUUACUGUCGAACCUGGGCUUUUCACCGGCCUCAAAAGCCUGAGCGAGGAGCCUAAUGGACAACUACCCCGUCAAACCCCGUCGUCUCUCAUCUUUACUACAGCGAUCAGCAACGUCUCCGGAGCUCUUGCUGCAGGCGGUUGUCUAUGUGUUCCGAAUGACCAAGACCGAAAAGAUAGGCUACCGGAGGUUAUAAGGUCUCUUCAAGCAAACUUCAUCGACCUUACCCCUUCUAUUACGCAGUUUUUGAUACCCGAGGAUGUUCCUACGCUGCAAGUCCUCGUCCUUGGUGGUGAAGCUUUGCGAGUUAGGGACGUCAAGCCUUGGUGGGGAAAAGUUCGAACCAUCCACCUGUACGGCCAAAGCGAGUGCACUUCGAAUGGCACUAUCAAUCACGACGCAUCCAGCCCCGAAAACGUUCUGUCUAUUGGCAAGGGCGCUGGUCUAGUAACUUGGAUUGUAGAUCCAGAGAAUCACAACAGCUUACUACCUCUGGGAUGCGUCGGCGAGCUUCUCUUCGAGGGACCCCUUAUUGGUGAUGGCUACCUGGGCGAUCCGGAGAGAACACAGGCGGCAUUCAUUGAGGACCCUAUCUGGCUGCUUCAGGGGUGCCCGGGUCGAUCCGGCCGGCACGGGCGACUUUACAAAACAGGUGACCUAGUACAGUACAACGAAGAUGGCAACCUCAUCUUCAUGGGACGCAAGGAUACGCAAGUCAAGAUACGCGGCCAGAGAGUUGAGCUGGGAGAAGUCGAGCACUGGGUCCAGAAUUGCAUGUUGGAUGCUGUCCAGGUUGUGGCUGAAGUGAUAAAGCCGCAAGGGGAGAAUGCAAACCGCGCGCUGGUUGCAUUUCUACAGUUGAAAAACAAAGCCCAACCCGAAGCCGUUACUGCAGCUCUCAAAGUUGACGACCUGGAGUCGGAGGAAAUCGCGGCCGAGCUGGUCCCUAUCCCUGCGGACGUCGAAGAGAAGCUAGCCGGUCAUCUGCCAAGCUACAUGGUACCAUCAGCGUUCUUCUCCUUGGGAGAGCUACCGAUGACGGCUACGGGUAAGGUGGAUCGGAAACGGCUCCGCGAGAUUGGCGGCUCGUUCUCAGUCGAGAAGCUGGCUGAGAUGCGGACGGCCGGGCAAGGGCCGAAGCGGCAGCCGACUUCCGUAGCUGAACGGUGCCUGCAGAGGAUCUGGGCCAAAGUACUAAGCAUCGGGUCAGCCAGAAUUGGGCUAGACGAUAGCUUCUUCCAUCUUGGGGGCGAUUCUAUCGCCGCAAUGAAAGCUGUGGCUGAGGCUCGCAAAGUCGGCAUCGGGCUCACGGUUGCAGACAUCUUCCGUCAUCCAAUACUAAAGAAUCUCACCAAGCAAAGCACUCUUGUUGCAGAGGGUUCCGAAGAGGAAGUCGCACCCUUUGCCCUUUUGGGUGACAAGGUUGAAGCUGCCUCUUUUCUUCGAGACGUCUCGAACCUCUUCCAUCUGGACCCGGCCAAGAUACUCGACGCAUACCCUUGCACACCCCUUCAGGAGGGCCUUGUGUCUCUAGGGUCGAAGCAUUCAGGAAACUAUGUCAUGCAGGAUAUCCUUGAACUGUCUCCCAAUGUUGCGGUCAAAGACCUGUGCACGGCAUGGGAGCAAGUGGCUCGUGCCAUGCCCAUCUUGCGCACCAGGAUUGUCCAGCACAACGAUCUCGGUCUCGUGCAGGUAGUGUUGGACGAAGAGAUUCGUUGUAUCGACGCAACUGGCUUAGACAGUUAUCUCGAAGCCGACAGGAAGCAUUCAAUGGACCUGGGCGAGUCACUCACGCGCUAUUCUCUUGUCAAAGACGAUGUGGGAAGUCCCAAGUGGUUCGUGUGGACGAUGCACCACGCAAUCUACGAUGGCUGGUCUGUACGUCUGAUCCUGGCCGCGGUACACCGGGCGUUCCAAGGCCUGUCUAUUAACCGAGGUCCUCAAGUCCAAGCAUUUAUCAAAUACAUCAAAGGACAAGACGAUGAGGAGAUACUCAACUUCUGGGUCGAGGCCCUGGCCGACUAUGAGGGCGUGCCGUUUCCAACCCUCCCGCCGUCUGUGGAUCAGCCAGCGGCAGACCAAGAAGCAGAGUACCAGUUCCCACAGCCCCGUCAAUGCCGCAAGGACAUCACAGCCUCGACCCUUAUCCGUGGUGCAUGGGCCUUGAUCGUUAGCCGGAUGUCCAAUACCGAGGAUGUCGUGUUUGGCGCCACUGUAUCCGGAAGAAACGCCCCAGUUGCCGGGAUCGACGCCAUGGUGGCACCGACAUUCGCAACGAUUCCACUGCGCGUCAAAGUCGCUGGUGACCAGAGCGUCUCGGGGUUUCUCAGGACGGUACAGCAGCAGGCAGUCGACACGAUCCCCUUUGAACAAGCAGGACUGCAUCGGAUUGCCAAGAUGUCUCCCAGCUGUCAGAAGGCGUGUAUGUUCCAGUCACUGCUUGUCAUCCAGCCGCAAGACACCAUAGGCGCCGAAGAGGUGCUUGGGUCUUGGCAAGCCACCAAGCAACGAUGGUUCAAUACAUAUGCUCUGAUGCUUGAGAUACGGCCGGCCGCGGACAAGUUCACAGUCCAUGCUAGUUUCGACUCAAGGGUUCUCGAGCCGUGGCUGGUGCACAAGAUGCUGACGCGGCUCGAUUUCGUGAUGCAGCAACUCGACUCUGCACACAGUGAGAGGCCGUUGUCAGAAAUCGCCGUGAUGACACCCCAUGACCUAGAACAGAUAUGGGAGUGGAACUGCACUGUCCCUACCGCAAUUGAGACGUGCGCUCAUCAGAUGAUUCAGGAACAGGUACUGACCCAACCAGCCGCGCCGGCCAUCUGUUCCUGGGACGGCGAGCUGUCAUAUCAGGAACUGGACCGACUUUCCUCACGCUUAGUGGACCGACUUGUCGAGCUUGGCGUUCGCCCUGACGUACUCGUUCCAUUGUGCUUCGAGAAGUCGAUGUGGACACCCGUUGCCAUGCUUGGCGUUCUCAAGGCAGGUGGAGGGUUCGUCUUACUUGAUCCCUCCCUUCCACAGCAGCGUCUGCAGACCAUUGUCGGGCAGCUCAACGCGAGCUUCAUCAUGUCUUCCCCCGCCAACUUUUCUCUGAGCUCGCGACUGUCAGAAACAGUCAUCCAGCUCGAUCCAGGGUCAAUCAGUCUCUUUGAUUCCGCUCCACAUCCCACUCCCUUGGUCCGGCCCUCACCGAAAGAUGCAAUGUUUGUGGUUUUCACAUCCGGAAGCACAGGCACGCCGAAAGGGGUGGUGCUAUCACACGUCAACUUCUGCUCUGGUCUCAAGCAUCAGCUACACCUCCUUGGCUUCACCAAAGACUCUAGGGUGUUCGAUUUUGCUUCGUACGCCUUUGAUGUUGCGAUCCAUAAUGUCGUUGCCACCCUCGUCGCAGGAGGAUGUGUAUGCAUUCCAGCCGAGGAUGAGCGCCGGGACAACAUCAGCCAGGCCAUGGUCAGAAUGGGAACCACGAUUGCCGAUCUCACACCCUCGGUGGCGCGCCUCAUAGAUCCUACCUCUGUUCCGCAGCUAGAAACUCUUAUCCUAGCUGGAGAGGCGGUUUCUGUUGACGACGUGACACGAUGGUGGGGAAAAGCUCGUGUUGUCAAUGCGUACGGACCUGCCGAAUGCAAUAUCAGCGCGAUCAAUUCGGGGCAGUCAAGCCCUGAAGAUGUCACCCACAUAGGAAAAGGAGCCGGGUUGGUGACUUGGAUUGUUGAUCCUGAGAAUCACAAUCUCCUACUCUCGCCGGGCCAUGUCGGCGAACUUCUCCUCGAGGGCCCUCUCGUUGGUCGCGGCUACCUCAACGAUCCGGAAACGACGACAAAGUCAUUCAUUGAAAACCCAACAUGGCUGGCGGAAAGCCUUUUCCCUUCCAGCCAGCCAUGCCGACAAGGCCGACUCUACAAGACAGGUGACCUGGUCCGAUACAACGAGGAUGGAAGUCUGAUGUUCAUUGGGAGGAAGGACGCGCAAGUCAAGAUCCGUGGCCAGAGAGUCGAGCUGGGGGAAGUGGAGCACUGGGUCCAGAAGUACACGGACGCAACCCAGGUUGUAGCCGAAGUCAUCUUGCUACAGGGAGCGGGUUCGGGUCCGACGCUUGUAGCGUUUCUCCAGAUCGAAGACGGACCAGAAGCUCCUGCAGUCAGCAUACUCCCCAUCUCUACGGACGUGGAGGAUAAGCUGGCUGGGCAUCUCCCGAGCUACAUGAUGCCGGCCGCGUUCCUUUCCAUGCGGCAGAUGCCCAUGACACCUACUGGAAAGACCGACCGAAGACAACUUCGCGAGAUUGGCUCGUCCUUCUCUAUCCAGAAGCUAGCCGAGGUGAAGAAGGCUCAGCAAAACGGGAGCUCGAAGCGCGAACCUACAUCGGAUGCAGAGUGGCGAAUGCAGGCGAUAUGGGCCAAGGUGCUUGGCAUCGAGCCGGGUACCAUUGGAGCAGAUGAUAGCUUCAUCCGUCUAGGAGGCAACUCAAUAUCUGCAAUGGCGGUCGUAGGCGAGGCUCGGAGGCUGGGUCUUCAGGUCGCGGUCGCGGAUAUCUUUUGCCGUCCAAAGCUUCAUCAACUCGCUAGUCAUGCGACUCUUUCGACCGGCGCCGCUUCCAGCACCAUUCCAAGCUAUCAGCAGCGUGAAGAUACGGAGCAGUCAUUUGCUCAGGAAUUUCUGUGGAACUUGGAUCAACUACAUCCCGGCCUCACAGGACACUUGAUGCCAUGGGCAGUGCGACUGCGAGGAUCGCUGCAGCUGGACGCCCUAAACACGGCACUGCUCGCGCUGGAGAGUCGUCAUGAGACACUCCGGACGACGUUUGGAUCACGAGAGGGAGUCAACAUGCAAUUCAUUCGUCCUGUCCAUCGCAAGGAGCUGAUUUCAGUUGAGAUUUCCUCGGAUGACGGGAAGGGCCUCGAGCAUGCGUUGCAACGGGAUCGGACUAGCCCAUUCAACCUGGAAACCGAGCCGGGGUGGAGGGUAACCGUGUAUCGACUCGACCAGGAGGAGCAUGUCUUGUCUAUCGUUAUGCACCAUAUUGUUUCUGACGGCUGGUCCCUUGACGUUCUUCGCCGAGAGUUGGCCACAUUUUACACGGCCGUCCUCCGCGGCCAAGACCCUCUCAUGCGCGUCAACAAUCUGCCUAUCCAAUACCGCGACUACUCUUUCUGGCAGAAGCAGCAGAGCCAGGCAAAGGCACGGCAGCGGCAGCUUGACUAUUGGACUGAUUCCCAAGAAAUCUGGAUUAAAGGCGAGCUAUAUGAUCGUCUGCAGAGGUUUCGCAGAGAGCAAGAAGUAACGCUCGCCAACCGCGACCGAUGGGAGACGCGAGAUAUAAUUGGGUCCUUUGUCAACGUGCAGUGCGUUCGAAUUAAGGUUGAAAGGGGGUCCUUCGAUGAGUUAGUCCGCCAGGUUCAGGCAACAACUAUCGCUUCCUUUGCCAAUCAGGAUAUCCCGUUCCAGCAGAUUGUCUCUAAACUAGAACCAGACAAAAACAAGUCUCGCCACCCACUAGUUCAGACCAUUUUUGCUGUUCACUCUCGCUCAGGCCCAGGCAAGUUUAUGCUAGAAGGAGUCGAAACGGAGCAAAUCCCCAUGCCCAUAACCUCGAGGUUCGAUCUCGAGUUUCAUAUUUACGAGGAGCAGCACGCAUUGCGAGGCAGUCUCAUCUUUUCAAGCGAUCUCUACCGUCCCAAAACAAUCCGCAACGUGCUGUCCGUCUUUCACGAGGUGCUGGAACGAGGUCUCGCGGACCCCGCGGCUGCAGUUGCAUCGCUACCGCUUGCCGAGGGUGACGGCUAUGAAGUAUCGUCGUUCAAUGGGGUUGGCUAA